AUGGGACUGUUCCUCAUUCUCUACCUGUUCGGCUGCGCUCUGAUUCAAAGGGUAGAUUCGAAUGCGAUCGUUGGACUGAACAUGCCCUUUGACCCCAUCCUCAAUGCCAACACGGUGUGUUUAACCCUCCCGGGCCUGACGAGGAAGCAGCUGGACGUGUGCAUGAGAAACCCGGAUGUUACGGCCUCAGCAAUCCAGGGGAUCCAGAUCGCCAUCCACGAAUGCCAGCACCAGUUCAGGGGUCAUCGGUGGAACUGCUCGAGCCUCGAGACCCGGAACAAGAUCCCUUACGAGAGCGUGGUCUUCAGCCGCGGGUUCAGGGAGAGCGCCUUCGCGUACGCCAUCGCGGCGGCCGGCGUGGUCCACUCCGUAUCGAACGCCUGCUCCAUGGGGAAGUUAAAGGCUUGCAGCUGCGACGAGAAACGGCGAGGAGACGAGGAGGCUUUCCGCCUCAAGCUGAACCGACUGCAGCUGGAGGCCAUCCAGGGAAGGAAGGGCAUGACGCACGGGGUGAUGGAGGAGCGUGGGGGGAUCAUAGAGGAACGUGGCGGCGGCAAAGGGAACGGGGCCAUGGAGGAGUGGGAGUGGGGGGGUUGCAGUCCCAAUGUGGAAUUUGGUGAAAAGUUUUCCAAAGACUUCUUGGAUUCUAGAGAGACGUACAGAGACAUCCACGCCAGGAUGAGACUUCACAACAAUCGCGUCGGACGCCAGGUGGUGUUGGACCACAUGAGGCGGAAGUGUAAAUGCCACGGUACCUCCGGUAGCUGCCAGCUGAAGACGUGUUGGUUGGUGACGCCGGAUUUCCGAGUGGUGGGCUCCCUGCUGAAGGAGCGCUUUAACGUAGCCACACUCAUCAAAGCUCAUAACCGGAACACCGGUCAGGUGGAGCAGGUUUCUCAUCACAACCACCAUCAUCACCAUCACCAUUACCCGCACCAUCCGCGCCGGCGCGCUCACAUCAACGACCUGGUGUACUUCGAGAAGUCGCCGGAUUUCUGCGAGAGGGACGUCGAAUCGGACUCGGCCGGGACGCAGGGCCGCAUCUGCAACAAGACGAGUCACGGCAUGGACAACUGCGCCAGCCUGUGCUGCGGGCGUGGCCACAACAUCCUGCAGCAGACGCGGCACGAGCGCUGCAACUGCAAGUUUCACUGGUGCUGCUACGUGGUGUGUGAGGAGUGCCACAAAACCGAGUGGGUCAGCGUCUGCAAAUGA